GCUCAGAUACGGCCUGAUAGCCCAAUUAAAGGCCACAAUUCCAAUGGUCUUCCUUCUUUCCUCGACUCUGCCACUGGCUCAGGAGCAGCAUCGGCUAGCCCACCCCGCACGCAGUCCUCCACUUUGCGAUCAAGAAGGCGGCAAAGCUACGGAAAAAGGGCGAACAGGGCAGGGUCGACAUGUCGGGCACCAUCGACGCGGGGGGGGAGCCGAUCCCGACUUCGGCGGUCCUCAUGGCGGCUGCCAAGCACAUCGCGGCGCGGUGCCGAGCCGAGAACGUGGCCUUCAUCAAGUGCAAGAAGAAGGACCCUAACCCGGAGAAAUGCCUCGAUAAGGGCCGCCAGGUCACGAGCUGCGUCCUAAACCUGCUGAAGGAGCUCCACCAGAAGUGCCCGAAAGAGAUGGAUGCAUAUGCAGGCUGCAUGUAUUACUACACUAAUGAGUUUGACUUGUGCCGCAAAGAGCAGGAAGCAUUUGAGAAGGCAUGCCCAGUAUCAGAAUAGUCCUGGGACAUUGCUUCCCAUCCUCUGUUGCUUUUUGCCACCGAAGAAACUAUAUGUGAGCUCAAAUUGCAUUUUCGUUAGUGUCUGCAUCAGUAGACUUUAUUCGUGAAAUUACAUUUCUUUUGAACUAAUGUGGCUCAAGAUACUUUCCUCAGUGUUAGCAAGAAAAAUAAGCUCACAGGACAAAUUAGUUGUGCA